AUGAGGAUGUUGGGUUGGUUCUGCGCUGUAAUACUGUUCACACUGUUCAGUUCUGAGUUAGUCGAGUCGAAAUUUAAACCGCGAACAAACGAUAAGGACUUAAGUAAUUCACCACAUACCCAUGAAGGUGAACACAGUGCAGCAUACGAUCAUGAUGCAUUUCUGGGGAGAGACGAGGCCAAGAGAUUCGAUGAUCUAACACCGGAAGAAAGCAAACAAAAACUGGGUGAGAUUGUGGACAAAAUUGAUUUAAAUAAUGAUGGUCAAAUCACUUCCGAAGAAAUGACUGUAUGGAUUAACAAAGUAUCCAGAAAAAUGCUCCUUGAUGAUGUUGAUCGCGCUUGGAAAGAUUUUGAAUUGCUAGACGAAGACAAGUUGCCAUGGGAGAAACAUGUUGACGAGCUGUUUGGUGAAGACGGGGAUUUAGAGGAUGAAGAUGAAGAAACAAAGAAAGCCUAUUCUGAAAAAGACAAGAGGCGUUGGAUGGCUGCCGAUGCAGACGGAGAUGGGAAGCUAUCAAAAACAGAAUACUUAGCAUUCCUUCAUCCAGAGCAUGAACCAAAAAUGCGAGAUGUCGUUAUAAAGGAAACAAUGGAAGAAAUUGACAAAAAUAAUGAUAGCUUCGUUGAUCUUGAUGAAUAUAUCAAAGAUCUGUGGUCUCCAAAUUCACCUAAUGAAACGGAGCCUGAAUGGGUUAAAACUGAAAGAGAGGAAUUUGCCAAACGACGCGAUAUUAAUGGGGAUGGAAAACUGGAUCUGGAUGAGGUCGGCAAAUGGAUCGUACCUGAAGAUUAUAAUCAUGUCCAAGCAGAAGUAACCCAUUUAUUCUCAGAAUCAGAUGCAGAUCAGGAUGGAAAACUCAGCAAAAACGAAAUACUAAAUCGUUACGACUUAUUUGUUGGUAGCCAGGCAACCAAUUUUGGGGAAAUCCUAAUUGGUCAUGAUGAGUUAUAA